AUGAAGCUCACCGCUGAGCUGCUCACACAGUGUGAGUCGGUUAUUAAUCCACUGAAAGAGCGGGAGCUGGACUUGCGUGGACUAAAAAUUCCCGCCAUCGAAAAUUUGGGUGCGGCUCGCGAUGUAAAUGAUGCAUUGGAUUUCACCGACAAUGACGUCCGCUACCUCGGCAACUUUCCACGUAUGGAACGUCUUCGUCAUUUGACUAUGUCGAACAAUUUAGUUUCGCGAAUUGAUCCUCACAUCCACAAGCAAUUGCCUUAUUUGCAAUCGUUGAUUCUCACGAACAAUGCUGUGGCAGACUAUUCACAGUUGUCGAAUCUAAAGCGAAUGCGCCACUUGACCUACCUUAGUCUGAUGGGGAAUCCCAUUGCUCGUGAGAAGCAUUACCGCGAGUUCAUUGUGUGGCGUCUGCCACACCUGCGUGUGCUUGACUUUCGCCGUAUUACAGAGCGCGAGCGUACCAUUGCUCGCAACCUCUUUGAGACAGCAGACGGGCGCUUGUCCGAGCUCGCUAUCUCAAUCACAGGUCAGUCUGAAACAGCAGCCGCACCAGCGCAACCGCGUUCCUUUGAGCCUGGUGCACCUUUGACAGGCGCGUCCCAGCGUCCGCUUACCGAAAGUGAAAGGGCAGCCAUCGCAGAGGCGAUUGACAAAAGUCAAAGCAUGGAGGAAAUCCGCCGCUUGGAGGAGCAGCUCAAGUUGGGCUAUGUGCCUACCUCUGAGGCUUAA